AUGUGCGAAUGGACAAGAACAUUAGCUCAGAAUGUCCAACAACAACAACAGCAACAGCAACAACAGCAGCAACAACAGAGACUCUACUUAAAUCAGUAUCCACUUUAUGAUUAUUAUAAUCAAGGAUCUACACAAUCCACUCAAGACAGUCCCCAUUUAGUUUAUCAUUUCAUUAAACCACAGCAAGAUUCCUUAACAACUACUAUUAGACAAAAUAACCAGAAACAAGAUAACAAUCAGCAAAAACAGAGUCUAACCGAAGAAAACCUACGUUAUCUUUUACUUCGUCAAUAUGCUCAACCGCCGGGAGUGAAUCCAGUUUUGGCACUGCAAGCACCGCAGGGAUCAAAUGAUUUUCAACCACAAGUCAUCUAUCGACCAUUACAAAUAGGUGUCCAACAGAGUGGACAGGCUCAAAAUUACAAUCAACAACCAAUUACAUUACCUUCGCCACCUCCGGCAUAUAAAACGGAGAAAACAAGAAACGUCCAGCCGACUCGUCCCAUAGCCCACGUCACUUAUUUAAACUCUGACGAUGCUCAGUCUGCCGAUCCGCCCGUACGUAGACGACCGGUUACCCGAAUUGUCAUAAAACGUCCUCAGACACCCACUCCAAAACCAUAUAAUUCAGAUUCCGGUAACUUAAAACAAUCAGAUUACACUAAUAUUGCAUUCACUCAACCAUACCAAGGAUAUCAAAAAGCACCCGAAAAUCCCAAAGCUUCUCCGUCGGGAGUUAAUUAUCCAACACAAUACUUCCCACCUCCACCGUCUAAUAGAGGAUCCAGUAAAUAUCUAACGUCGAGAUCCCGGUUGGAAAGUCCACCACCUUCCUAUCAACAGCAAAGUCAAAGUUACCCCGCUCAGUCACCACAAAAUUACAACAAAGAAUCUUCUAGUAACGAAAAUGAAAGAGACGCAGAAGAGGAGGAACAAAACGACGGAUAUAACGAUGUCAGCGGAAUUCCGGGAGAUCCGGGAAAAGAUUAUCCCGUAAUGGCAAGCAUACCGGUUACAACAUUCUCUUGUGCUAAUAAAUUACCCGGAUACUAUGCAGAUAAGGAACAAAGAUGUCAGGUGUAUUAUUUCUGUGAUACUCAAGGUCAUAUGAGAAGUUUCCUGUGUCCAAAUGGAACUGUUUUCAAUCAACUGUCUUUUGUUUGUGAAUGGUGGUAUAAUGUAGACUGUGGUAGCUCAGAAAAAUAUUUCUCAAGAAAUAGUGAGUUAUAUAAAGUACCAAAGAAAAAUGCCACCCAAGAAAAACCAAUUUACUUUUUCAUUCCUAAAACUCAGCUAGAUGCUGCAAAUCUUAAAAAUUACCAAGCACAGUUAGCUUCUGGUGGUUAUUCUCAAUCGCCUAAUUCGUAUCAAGUUCCCGGUAGAAAUUAUCAACCACAACCGUCAUCUUAUAAACCGCAACAACCGUCCAACACUUACCAGUCGCCCGCAGAUUACAAGACAGCGGUCGCACCUGCGCCUCCGACUUACAGGUCCGCAGUAACCGCACCGGUUCAGAAUCUGAGAGAUCCAGAAAGGCAAAAUAUAAGGACCUACGGAUUGCCCCGAGAAAUAAACCAAAAUUACAACAGAUAUAAUGGAUAA